AUGCGGCCUCCGGAGUAUCAGAGUGAGACGCUUGAUGCCAGCAGGGCGAAGCGAGUCUGGGCGAGCCUCAUCACCAACCUCGACUAUCUGCCUGGGCUGCUGACCCUGGCCCACUCGCUACGCCUCGUCGGCUCGCAGUAUCCCCUCGUGGCACUGUACACCGACACGGUGCCCGCAACCGCCCUGGCAGCCCUGGAUGCACGCAAGAUCCCCCGGAGGCGCGUGCCCUUCCUGCAGCCGGCGGGCGGGCGGCACUACACGGCCGACGCGCGCUUCAACGACACCUGGACCAAGCUGGUGGCGUUCUCGCUCGUCGAGUACGACCGCGUCGUCCUGCUCGACAGCGACAUGCUCGUGCGCAAGAACCUCGAUGAGCUGAUGACGCUGCCGCUGGAUGCGCCUGCCCUGAACGGCACCGGGCAGCGCGUGUUUGCGGCCAGCCAUGCCUGCGCGUGCAAUCCGCUGCGGAAGCCUCACUAUCCGAAGGACUGGAUCCCCGCCAACUGCGCCUUCACGACGCAGCAUUCACACCCCGCCAAAGCGCAGACGGAGGGCCCGCCGCCGUCCGCCGGCGUCGCGAUGCUGAACAGCGGGCUGCUGGUGAUCAACCCGUCAGCAGGCGUGUUCAGCAAGAUCCAGAAGGCGAUGAACACGCCGUCGCUGGUGGACAAGUACGACUUCCCGGACCAGGGGCUGCUGUCUGACGUGUUCGCGGGGCGGUGGGUGGCGCUGCCGUACGUGUACAACGCGCUCAAGACGCUGCGGUGGGAGGGCGUGCACUCGGCCAUCUGGCGCGACGACCAGGUCAAAGUGGUGCACUACAUCUUUGCGACCAAGCCGUGGCAUGAGCGGGGCCUGAAAGGGCAGAAAGCCAGCACCAACAGCACCAGCAACAACAGCGCGAGCAAUGGCAAUACCCAUGGCAACCUGCGCCUGCAGGCCUUCCAAGCAUCGGACGAGAUCACGCAUGGCUGGUGGUGGGCAGCGAAUGAAGACCGACAACGGACGGAGCGCGAGGAGGGGAUCAACGAUGGGUUUUAG